UGGGCCCCUUAUAAGAGCUACUGAUGGGUAGCUACCAAUGUGUCUUUAAGAAAGUUUUCCAUGCUUAAACGUGUCUUCCAUUAUGUUGCAGGAGGCCAGAUGUGCCUAUAUCAUCAUCAUCAUGGCGGUGUACUGGUGCACUGAAGUCAUCCCACUGGCUGUUACUUCCCUCAUGCCUGUGGUAUUUUUCCCUCUGCUUGGAGUUCAGAGCUCUAAAUCAGUGUGCUUGCAGUACCUAAAUGACACAACCAUGCUCUUUGUUGGAGGGCUGAUUGUUGCAAUUUCUGUUGAACAGUGGAAUCUUCACAAAAGGAUUGCGCUGAGGGUCCUACUGAUUCUUGGUGUGAAGCCUGCACUCCUCAUGCUGGGAUUUAUGAUAGUCACUGCCUUCCUGUCCAUGUGGAUAAGUAACACAGCCACCACUGCCAUGAUGGUUCCCAUUGUCCAGGCUGUCCUGGAUCAAAUGGACAACACAGAGUAUGAUGUGACCAUGAUGGAACAAGCAACUGGGCAAACGAACACAGUGAUUGAGCUGGAGGAGAAGAAUGCAUCAGAUCCCUCCUCAGUGCAUGUCAUAAGCAAUGGACAAGUCCCUGAUGACCCCAGAUCUUCUGAGGAAAAGAAAAUGAGGAAGCGUGUGUGUAAGGGAAUGACACUUUGUGUGUGCUAUGCUGCCAGCAUUGGAGGAACUGCAACGCUCACUGGGACGGGACCAAACAUGGUGUUGAAAGGCCAGAUGAAUCAGUUAUACCCCAACAAUAAUGAUAUAGUGAAUUUUGCUUCCUGGUUUGGGUUUGCAUUCCCAAACAUGAUUCUGAUGUUGGUACUAGCUUGGCUUUGGUUGCAGUGCUCCUUCAUGGGACUCAACUUUAAAAAAAGCUGGGGCUGUGGGACAGAGAGAACUGCUAAAGAAAAAGCUGCGUACAACGUGCUGAAGGCAGAAAUGAAGAAAUUAGGCCCUAUCUCUUAUGCUGAAUUCAAUGUCCUCCUCAUGUUUGUUUUGCUGGUUCUCUUGUGGUUUUCCAGACACCCAGGCUUUGUAAAAGGCUGGGCUGCCAGGCUCUUCCCAGAAGGAGAAAAGUAUAUCACUGAUUCUGCUCCUGCUGUGUUUAUUGCCCUGCUACUGUUUAUCCUUCCGGCUAAUAAACCCAAAUUCAUAGGCUGGAAUCCAAGCAUGUCUGACCCUGAACAGACUGAAGAAGAUAUAAAAAAGCCAUUUUUAUCAGCCCCGCUGCUAGACUGGAAUGUGGUUCAGAGGAAGAUGCCCUGGAGCAUUGUGCUGCUGCUGGGAGGAGGUUUUGCUUUGGCUGAUGCAAGUGCAAACUCUGGGCUCUCAGCUUGGCUGGGUCAUCAAAUGACUCCACUAGGAUCUAUCCCACCAUGGGCCAUUGCAACGGUACUUUCACUUAUUAUCGCAGUCUUCACCGAAUGCACCAGCAAUGUUGCCACAGCCACCCUCUUCCUCCCUGUCUUCUCAUCCAUGGCUGCAUCUGUCAGGAUCCACCCCUUGUAUGUUAUGCUGCCCGGCACUCUCAGCGCUUCCUUUGCCUUCAUGUUACCUGUUGCAACACCGCCGAACGCGAUCGUGUUCUCCUACGGCCACAUCCGUGUUUUGGAUAUGGUUAGAUCUGGAAUAGUGAUGAACAUCAUUGGAGUCUUCUGUGUCACACUGGCCAUCAACACGUGGGGAAGACCUAUGUUUGAGCUGGACACGUUCCCAGCCUGGGCAAACAGCACAGCAAACCAGUGAGCAGCGAAGAAUUCACAUAUUGAACAAGGAAAGGACCCUAAAUACUGCUGCCUGUUGCCCGAAGCCCUGUGCAGAGUCACCACCACUUCAGAUCCAGUGUCAGGCGUCUCCUGCCGUCUGGGAGUCACACAUCAGGCCAGGCAUGAACCAACUCAAAUUUAUUCCAGUCGUGCUGGAAGCAAAUGUGCUCUUUAGUUACACAACCCUAAGGAUCAUUUGUCUGGAUCAUAAGUGUGACCAGGUGAUCCAUUGUACCUCCAAUCAGGGUCGCGACAGCAUUUAUCGAACUUUAAAUAAAGAGAGGGUGGGCUGUUGUAUCAAAUGGUUUGAACGAUUGUAUCACUGGUUUGUACUUGUAAAUCAUGAGCAUUGAGCACUGCACCCGGGCAGCGGCUGAAAACUCAUUAACUGUUACUUACGGCCACAACUUAGCAGCAGUGUGGAGAAAUCCCUGCUGUCACUUGUCCAGCAAAGGAAGGGGUAUGGUACGGUACGUUGUGUUUCAGUUGGGCCUUAACCAUGCAGCGGAAUCCUUCCAAGUCAACAUCCAACACGUUUUCCAUUGCCGUGUUCUCACCCCCAAAUCUCACUCCAUCUAGACACCUUUAUUGAGGGUUAGAUAACACAGUUCCAUGCUGGUCAUGAUUCAGCUGAUGAGUUAAGCCUGGCUUUGAGUUGCCUGUGCUGUGGCAGUGGCAGGGCCAGGGGCCUUUCCGUCUCUCUGCCACGGGAUGCCAUUUCACCUGCCAACCAGUGUUUUGUUAGUGCCAGACUGGAAAUGACCAGUGACCUACAGGACUUCAUGGCUGUUGUGAAAAGUCCAGGGUUAGCCCGAUAAGCCUUGUUAAUUAACUCUGGAAUUUCAGAGUGGAAAGAAGGCAUGAGAAAGGCUCUGACUGAAGCUCUUAUAAAAAUUCAGGGACCCAGAUAUCAGGGGUUGUGCUGUCUGACAGCAAUGGGAGUUGUCAUGGGUACUUUGGAGUUCAGGUCCUGUGAGAGAAGAGUUUUGUAGCACCUGUUUCUGUGAUUUCUGAAGCAGAAGUAGUCUGCAGGAGGAUGGUGUUGGACUGGGUGUAUUUGGCCAGUGACAGGUGGGUGCUUCAGCCCUGGAGUUUGAGUUGGGUGUGUGACAGUGGAGGGAUCUGGGGGCAUGGCCCGAGUUUUGCUGCCAGACUUGCUGGGCAGCCUCACACGAGUCAGUUCACCUCUUUUUGCCUCAGCUUCCUUUCCUUUAGAAGGUGGCUUGGUACCGAUCUACCUGGCAAGGGUGUUGUGAGGACAUAGGGGUCAAAUUCUGCACCCACGGUGAUUCCCCACCUCAUGGUAAAGGGUACAAGGUAGAAGUUACAGCACCAGAGAAUUAUGGCCAGAGGAUUCUACCCUCUAGCAUAGUAGUGUGUGUGUAGGAUAUUUAAUAGUUUUGUUACUAAUGAGAAUGUUCUUUAUAGAACUGGAAAAAUAUUCAUAUUUUUUGUUUUUAAAAGUGAGGAAAGUAUUUAUCCACAAGAUGACCAGGUGCUUUUCUGAGCAGAAAACUACUUCAGGAAUGGUUUGAUGUCUGUGCCUUUCUCUCCUGUUCUUCUCCACUGGCCCUUCCCGGGUGCCUGCAGCGGGCGCGUGGUGCAGCCUCACACCUCCCCGGUGGAGCGUGUGGGGAAACUGUUCCACUGCAGACUCUGCCUGAGGGAGAGGCAGCUCUAGUGCCGGCACGUGGCUUAGUCACCAAUGUUUGUCACCAAGUGAGUUUACCACUGUUUCUCUGAAGAAAUUGAAACCAGGAAGAGUUAAGCACCUUCUGUGCUUCGGCAGUCACCACUUGAGGUGAUUUGCACCUGUGGGCCUUUUCCUGCCUUCUGGUGGACGUGGCAGUGCCAGGACGGUUCACGCUGCCGGUCCUUACCGCUGGCCAACGCGGGGACGCCGAGCUCGCCUGCCUCCUUCCCUCAUCCUUGGAAGCCGGUUCCAGCUAAAAGCC